UUCCAGAAUGAUCUGUCCUACGUGAUUGGAUUUAUGGUCGUGAUCCUGAGAUUCUUCACCAUCACCGGCAAGCACACCACUCUCAAGAUGCUAAUGUUGACGGUCGGCGUGUCCGUCUGCAAGAGCUUCUUCAUCAUAUUCGGCAUGUUUCUCCUUGUCUUCUUCUACGCGUUAGCCGGCACCAUAAUCUUCGGCACGGUGAAGUACGGAGAAGGCAUAGGAAGACGCGCUAAUUUCGAGUCACCGGUUACCGGCGUGGCGAUGCUCUUUCGCAUAGUGACGGGGGAGGAUUGGAACAAAAUUAUGCACGACUGCAUGAUACAGCCACCCUAUUGCACGCCGGCGGAUAAUUACUGGGAAACGGACUGCGGCAAUUUCCACGCUUCUCUAAUUUACUUUUGCACCUUUUACGUCAUCAUCACUUACAUCGUCUUGAAUCUUUUAGUGGCUAUUAUAAUGGAGAACUUUUCUCUAUUCUAUUCAAAUGAAGAGGAUGCGUUGUUAUCGUAUGCCGUCUUCUGCUU